AUGAUCAGCUGGACCGGCCUCUUUGUCCUCUGCAGCGUCCUGAGUCCUGCUCUCUGCUGUGAUUGGCUCAGACACUACGGUCACCACAGCAACAUCUCUCUGACUCUCAUCCGUCUCAUGGGCGGUCAGCUGACAGAACAGGAGAGUCCAGUUUCCUUUCCGUACAGACUCUACAGACGCAUACGAAACACUGAGGUGGAGUCCCAGCUGGUUUUCAUCAGAGACAGUCUGGACCAGAUAUUUAAUCUUUAUCACCAUGAAAACCUCUCCUCUAUUAUCCCGAAUACCGACAAGACUAAUCGCUUCCUGAUGAGCAUCGACAGACAGAGAGAAGGACUGAACACCUGUGUUUCGACUACAAAGCCAGCAGACAGCAAACUGAGUAAAUACUACAGGAGGCUGGUCACAAGUACUCUGUACCGCACUGGUGGCAGUACCGUGUCCUGGGAGCUGAUCAGGAAGGAAACUAAAAUGCACCUGGAUCAGUUGGAGCUACUGGUGGCCUCCAUAAUAGAUUCAGCUGCUGCCAGCAGGAGGCGCUCUACACCGACUCAACACCAACACUGGCACAACGUCUAA